CUAAGCAAGUCCCAGCUAGCAGAGCAGUGGGACUCCUCUCUCAGAUGCUUUCUUCCUCUGCACUGCAGAGGCUUGGCUCAGGGCUCCUGGCAGCUUCUAGUCUGCACCGUUCCCCUGGGGUUUUCUCCUUUGACAUCCCCAUGGAUUCACAAUGGCACUACCAGUUUCGGAUUAUUAUGCUGGGGGACUCCACGGUGGGGAAAUCAUCCCUGCUGAAGCGCUACACUGAGGGCGUCUUCCUCGAAUCCAUUAAUCAAACUGUGGGAGUAGAUUUCUACGUCCAAUUUAUGGAGAUUGAACCUGGGGUCCAGGUUAAGCUGCAGUUUUGGGACACGGCUGGGCAGGAGCGAUUCAGAUCUGUGACACGUUCCUACUACCGCAACUCUGCUGGGGGAGUGCUGAUGUUUGACCUGACCAACAGAGCAUCCUUUGAAAGCAUCCGUGAGUGGCAUCAGGAAGUGACAGAGACUGUGAAACCUUUUCACAUCGUUUUUAUCCUGGUUGGGCACAAGUGUGACCUGAUAGCAGAGCGCAAGGUUGGAAAGAAAGAGGGUGAGAAGCUGGCUUCCUCACUAGGGGCAAAGUACAUCGAGACAUCUGCUAAGAACAGCAGCAAUGUGGAUGCUGCCUUCCAAAUGCUGACUAUGGGAAUCUAUGAGGCACUGAAAACAGGGGUAAUGAGCCCAAAUGAGGACUGGGAUGGAGUGAAAAGCAGACUGUCGCCCAAAGUAGUGACUACAGUACAAACACCAGGAAAACAAGAGCAGAAAAAGAAAUGCACAUGUUAGUAAGACACUGCAAGUCUCAAGAAGCCAGAAUACACUAACAGUGUCCACCUCCUCUUACAAGACACAGCAGCUAGACAAUAUUGAAUGAUAUGUAAUGACAGUUACUGCAGUCUUUCAUUACAGGGUAAUGCCUCAUAACUUGGGCAACAAACAGAAUUGGAAAGGGUGACAGCUACAUAUUCAUAUCCAAAGACUUUAGUGUGUUGCAACACCCUAUGUGCUUCGAAAAGAUUCAAAACAGCAAUGAAAUGGCGUAGGCACUGGAAUAGGCAGAAAUGUACACUUGAAUGUUGAUUAAAUGUUUUAUUCAUAUUUCUCAUUGGCUUUAUUAUCCUAAUAGAGGAGGAAUUAUUUAAUGCUAGCCAUGCCAAUAAAUAUGGCAAGAGUAUUAUCCCCAGACAGCAUGUACAGACAUAGUAGAAUCAGGAGGUGGGGAAAACCUAAACACCUGGGGAUAGAAGCUCUAUGGAUGUUGCAUUUUUCUGUGCACUAAAUGUUCCAACUGCUGUUCUGCUUGUAAAGUAUUUGCCAAGUGUAUAUGCUCAGCCAGAGUCUACAGAAAGCCUUGUCAACAGCACUUGACAUACCAGCAGCUCCCUUCCGACUAAUGCAACUCCUAGUUUUAAAACCUAGAUCACCUUGUUUUACCAUUAUGCCCUACCUGAUUACAUAGCAUCUGGCUGAAAACUUCCAGCCCCUGAGGCCCUACUUACAGCUAGGCUUACCCUCUGCUUGAAAGGAUACUGCUUAGAAAACAGGCUACGUUUUGAAUAUGUAAAGAGGCACUUUUUAUUUAAGUAAAACAGCUUCCCUUUCAGGCCUAAUUAUCAGACUUGGUGAUCUGGUUCUGAGUCAACAGCACUCCUCUUGACUUGUGUUCUUGGCAUUCGACAAUAUCGAAAUACCCUAUGGCCCAAGACCAGGGUAGGUUUCACCUCCAGGAUACUAAUCAGAAUUUAAUCUAUUUUGGUAACUAUUUUUGUUUCCCAAAAUGUUUGGCUCUUCAGGCAACUGCCAAAUGAAAUGAAGUUUUAACUGAAAAUAGUUAUUAGCUGGGCACAGAGAUAAACUACAGACACUUAGAGAGCUGUAUAUCACAUCCCUGAUUUUGACUGACCACAUCACAUACCAGGAAAGCAGCAGAAGAAACCCUAUAUUACUGCUUAAUCUAUCAAAGAGUUCAGUCCCUAGUAUUGUCAAGCCCGUAAGACUCAACUUGGUGUUCGAGUUUAUCAAUUUAAUCAGAAUUCUUAAAAAAUAAACCUUAUUAUACUCAA